UCGCGUUUAUAUUUUUUUCUGUUCACAAGCCAGUUGCAAAUGACCAUCAUGGGCUUUUUGGGAUAUUUCGACUGUGGAUUGAUAUUUUUCCUUUUUUUGUUGGAUUCUGCGUUUGCUCAGAUCGUCUAUUCCGUACCGGAAGAGGUAAAUAAGGGGACAGUUGUUGGGAAUAUAGCGAGAGACCUGAACUUGAAUGUUCAUGAACUGGAAUCUCGUAUGUUUGAGAUUGUGUCUGGAUCAAAUAAGAAGUAUUUUGAUGUAAAUCUGAAAACUGGCGUGCUGUUUGUUAAUGAAAGAAUUGACCGCGAAGAGUUAUGUUUGUCGAAUCAGAAAUGCUCUUUGAAUAUAGAGGCCCUUGCUACAAAUCCUCAUCGUCUUUACAGAGUGGAGAUUAAGAUCUUGGAUAUAAACGACAAUGCGCCACGUUUUCCUGUUAAAGUAUUUACUGUGAAUAUCAGUGAAAACGCAAGCCCUGGAGAGAGAUUUCCUCUCCCUGUAGCCGAGGACUCUGAUGUUGGCAGUAAUUCGCUGAAAGAAUACAAACUGAGUCCGAAUGAACAUUUCAGUCUAGAUACACAGAGUGAAGACCAGAGUGUGUCUGCUGAGUUAGUGCUGAACAAAGCUUUAGAUCGAGAGAAACAAGCGACAAUUAAGUUAGUUCUCACUGGAGUAGAUGGAGGAAAGCAACCUAAAUCGGGGACGGUAAAUAUUAUUAUAACCAUAAUGGAUAAUAAUGAUAAUAAUCCAGUGUUUAGUCAACCUCUUUACAAAGUCAAACUAAAGGAAAAUGUUGCUGGUGGAACAAAAGUUUUAUCUGUGUUUGCCUCUGAUUUAGAUGAAGGCAUAAACAGUGAAAUGCUGUAUUCAUUUGUUGGUCAUGGGAAGAGAAAAGACCUUUUUUCCAUUAUCCCCGAGACUGGAGAUAUUGUUGUAAUAGGGCAAAUUGAUUACGAAGAGAAUCCUGCCAUUGAGUUACGAGUUCAAGCGAAAGAUAAAGGCAGCCCACCAAAGAGCACACAUUGUAAAGUUUUAAUAGAAAUUAUGGAUGAAAAUGAUAAUGCACCAGAGAUAAAUGUUACUCCACUGCUGGAAAGUGUGAAAGAAGACACAACGUCAGGAACCGCAGUUGCUUUAGUCACAGUGUCUGAUAAAGAUGGGGGUAAAAAUGGCAUUGUACACUGUGCUCUGAAAGGCUCGUUUCCUUUCAAACUGGAGACAUCAUAUAACAAUCAUUAUUCUCUAGUGGUAGAUGGACCUCUGGACAGAGAGAGUGCUUCUCUGUAUAACAUCACAAUUACAGCUGCAGAUGAAGGAACUCCGUCUCUUUCCAGCAGCACUGUUAUAACUCUACAUAUCUCAGAUGUUAAUGACAAUGCUCCACAUUUCCCAGCACCCGUCAUUAACGCUUUUCUACGUGAGAAUGGUCAAGCUGGAGGUCUCGUUACAAAAGUGUCCGCUGAUGAUUCAGACACUGGUGAAAACGCAGAACUUUCAUAUUCACUGUUAGACAGUUCCAGCUCCAGUGUUCCUAUAACAACACUGAUAAAUAUAAACUCUUUAAGUGGAGACAUAUUCAAGUUGCAAUCAUUUAAUCACGAAGAAACAAAACGAUUCCAGUUUCAAGUUAUGGCAACAGACUCUGGUGUUCCUCCUCUGAGCAGUAACGCGACUGUAAAUGUGUUUAUUCUGGAUGAGAAUGACAACAGUCCAGUUAUUUUACCGUCUUAUUCUGAACCUGGAUCAUUUAAUAGUGAGAACAUUCCCUACUCUGCUGAAGCGGGAUACUUUGUAGCCAAGAUCAGAGCUGUUGAUGCUGACUCUGGAUAUAACGCACUUCUGUCUUAUCAUCUAACUGAACCCAAAGGAACGAAUCUCUUCCGCAUUGGAAGCAGCACUGGAGAAAUAAGGACUAACAGACGAAUGAGUGACAAUGACUUAAAAACUCACCCACUUCUUAUCACAGUGUCUGAUAAUGGAGAGCCAUCACUCUCAGCAACUAUGUCCAUGGAUGUUGUAGUUGUUGAGAGUCUGGAUGACAUAAAGACAUCAUUCAGAGAAGUUCCUGUUAAAGAGGAGAGUUUUUCGGAUCUGAAUCUGUAUCUGCUCAUCGCUAUUGUCUCAGUAUCAGUCAUCUUUUUACUGAGUCUGGUGGGUUUGAUAGCAGUUAAAUGCUACAGGACAGACAGCAGUUUCAGCAGGUACAGCGCUCCAGUGAUCAGCACACAUCCAGACGGAAGCUGGUCCUUCUCUAAAUCCACACAACAGUACGACGUGUGUUUUAGUUCAGACACAAUAAAGAGUGAUGUAGUCGUGUUCCCCUCGUCAUUUCCGCCAGCAGACGCAGAACUGAUCAGCAUUGAUGGAGAAGAUACUUUUACGCGCACACAAACUCUGCCUACCACUGGGAAGGUAAGACAUGUUGAAAACUUUUGCUGA